AUGAAUUCCACUUUGCGAUCAGCCCACGCUCCUCAGGACCCCGCUCGACCCUCUUUCUCCACCACUUCGACGCUCGCACCCUCUUCCAACCUCACCAGCACCUUACCCCAACCGCCGAAUCCCUUUGAUCUCUCCUCGAAACCGACUAGCCAGGCCUUUGCUGCAUCUCUCCAGCCUGUCUCGGCCGGUAUUCCGCAGUCCGCCAUGUCCCAGACGCAGCCUCUAUCCCAGGCACUGAACGAUCCGUCUCGACGUACCGGGUUACCAGUCCCUACCCAGGGCGACAACGCCGGAACCGUUCCUCUAUCGGAGGGUGUACCCGCCACCCAGGCCGCCACCGACUGCUAUCCAAACCAAGCCAACCGCCUUGGAGGUCCGACAGCCACUGCGCCCUUUCUGCAGGACUUUAACCUCGUUGCCGAAGCAGCCAAGCGAGCACAGAUGUCGAUCGUCAUGCGUGACCUCGAAAGCGUGACCUUGUAG